UUAUCGGGACCUCCCAGUUCCCAUCAUGCCGUGCGCGUAGUGUACUUGUGCAUGAAAUUUUGAUUUUGUUGGGAGCGCGGCGCCUGGGAUUCAUCAAUGUUUCUUCUAAAACACUAGCAACAGAUCUUACUGCCACAGGGAGGCCCUUCCGAGCGGGCAAGACAACAGUACAAGACCGCGUCUCCGACUUGGGGUGUUCGGGGAUGACAUUCUGAUCGACUUUCGGCAGUAUUUUGGCGACAGAAACGGAAGGUUGUUGCUCGUCGCAGGCAUGACGGACAGGAAGAGAGAGAAGGAAAUUUUGGUGGAGUUUGAGACCCAAGUCAAAGACAUCCGUCAGCAGCUGACUGACCAGCUGAAAUGCCUGGACUCUCGGAUGGAGGCUCAGGCCGCCCUGAUGGCUGACCUGCAGGACUUCUUCAGGAGGAAGGCGGAGAUCGAGCUGGAGUACUCCAAGAGUCUGGAGAAACUGGCCGACAGGUUCCUCACCAAGGUCAAACAGCAACAGAAGUUAGACGCUAGUAAGACAGGUGAGAAGAAGGAUGGACACAUCCUGUCUCCCUACAACUGUUGGUACCAGCUGCUGGGGGUGACACGUAGGGAGAGCCGUAACCACUCCACCCUGAGCGACAUCUACAGUAACAACCUCACCAGCAGGUUCACACAGAUCAGCGAGGAUGUCGGCAGAAUAUUCAGGAAGAGCCGAGAGAUCACCACCACGUGUCAUGAAGACCUAGUGAGGGUACUGAAUGAGCUGUACACUGCGUUGAAAACGUACCACCUGUACCAUGCCGAGAGUGCUGUGGCGGAGGGGAAACUGAAGUCAGUCGAGAGCAAACUGCUGAAAACCGACGACAAAGCCAGGCCAUCCAAGAGGGUCAAAACCAUGCAAGAAAAGCGUCAGGCCAAGUACUUUGAGAGUAAACAGAAGUCCAUCAAAGCGAGGAACGAGUACCUUCUUAGCCUGGACGCCUCCAACUCUGCUAUCCACAAGUACUUUGUCAACGACCUCUCCGAUUUAGUGGAUUGCAUGGACCUGGGGUUCCACAGUGCGUUUGGUCGUGCCAUGAAGACCUACCUGUCGGCUAACGACUGUGCAGACAAGUCUCACCAGGAGGGUCUGGACAUCAUCUCACAGUGUGUCUACAACCUGGACCAGAAGAACGACAAGCAGAAGUUCAUGGAGAACUACAACGGAACCUUCCUGGUGCCACAGAAGUUCCUCUUCAUUCCACAUGGAGGGGAUGAGGUGUGCCAGGUGAGUGCGCAGCAGCAGGUGCAGGAGGAGCUGGACACCAGGUACAGACAGAUCCACCACAGGCUCAUGUGUGUCAAGACUGAGAACGAAGAGGUGCGGAAGACCCUUGACGUGACGUCUCAGAACCUGCAGGACCAGCUGAACGUGGUGGACUACGACAUGAGUCCGUACUUCACCCUGCAGGGCUCACCGGACACACCGCCGGACACACUGUCCUCCAAACAGAGCAUGCAGAGGCACCGGCAACACAAGCAGGAGAUAGAGGACUACUACCUAGAGAAAUUCCGAGAGUACACCCUGGGCAGCAGUGUGGUCACCAGGCUUCAAGCCAAGUAUGAUCUGAUACAGAAGGCUCUGGGGGAAGGAGAAAGAAAUGCAGCUUUAUCUGUUGACCCUGACUCCCCUACAAGACCCCCCAUGCUGCCCCCCAAACCGAGGAAGAUCAGUAAGCCGGGGAGACCGGCCUCUGCGUGUAAGGCCAAACUGUUCGGUGGGAGCAUUCUGGAGUACAUCCAGGCCUCAGGUCAUGAAAUUCCUCUUGUCAUCAGAAGUUGCAUCAGAGUCAUCAACCUGCUUGGUCUGCAUCACCAAGGGAUCUUCAGAGUUCCCGGGUCUCAAGUUGAAGUCAAUCAGUUGAAGGAGUGCUUUGAAAGAGGUGAAGACCCCCUGUCAGACCCAGGUGAGGUGACUGACCUGAACUCAGUAGCAGGGUGUCUGAAGCUGUACUUCAGACAGCUGCUGGACCCACUCUUCCCCAGGUCCAAGUUUGAAGACCUGAUCACUGCAGCAAGAAUGGAGAACCUACAAGACUGCCUGGACGCCCUCCGAAACAUCAUCGACUCCAUGGAGCACCCGAUAGUGGUCGUCAUGAGAUAUCUCUUCGCUUUCCUCAACCACCUGUCUUCCUACAGUGAUGAAAACAUGAUGGACCCGUACAACCUGGCCAUCUGUUUUGGACCCACCCUCAUGCCCUGUCCAGAGGAGUAUGACCAGGUGAUCUACCAGCCGUAUGUAAAUGAGCUGACUAAGACCAUCAUCACCUACCAUGACAGUCUGUUCCCACCUGAUCUGGACGGGCCUGUGUAUGAGAAGUGUAUGGGGGAAGAGGACCCCUUUGUUGACCCUGUUGCCAACAUGGACAACAUUUCUGAAGACAAUCUGACCAUCCCCAGUGAGGAUGAACUGGCAUCUGUAGGGUCGCAGGACUCCCUAGACUGGCUAGACUCGGAGUACGCAGAGCAAUUUGACAGGGACGGAUCCAUCAGGAAGAAGAAAAUAGAAAUGACGUCCCACGGCUCUAUUGAGUCCCUGGACAAGCUGGACUCCCUGGAAAGCACCGAGGGUAUUGAGAGGAAGCGAGGAUCGUCCAAGAAAAGCUCGCUAAGGAAGAAAGAGCUUGAGCCAAUGGAAGCCAUAGCCAGAUUUGACUAUGUAGGGAGGACAGAGAGGGAGCUGUCCUUUAAGAAAGGAGACAGUCUGCUGCUAUUCUCACGUGCCUCGGACGACUGGUGGGAGGGGAGGUGUCACGGGGAGGACGGUCUGGUACCUGACAAGUACAUCCAUGUCAAAAGCUGUGACACGGCAACAGACACCUCCUCCCUGAGGAAUGACUCAGACAGGGAGAGUCUGGGUUCUACUCCCGGCUUCACCACCCCGUCCACUGUGUCCCCGAAACACAUGACCCCGUCCACGUCCAAAUCCGACGUGGGCUCAGACACGGACACCAUCGGUCAGGCGUCGGGCGUGACCAGCAGCGUGUCGGGCAGCCUGAGCGCGCUGAACGAGGAACAGCAGGAGGAGAAGCUCAAGGUCACGCAGAGCAUCGAGCGGGAGAUCGACGCGACCUUGGCAACGGUCAUGUCGGAGUUACAGGCGCUGGAGAUGACCAGCUCCAAACACACCCCAGACGUAGUACUGGACACUCUGGAGAGAGACAGACUGGACAGAGUGGCCAGGCCGGCCAGUACAAGUAGCGACAGCGCGGUGGCCGCCCUGCGAGCGGAGAAGGCCAGCGCGGGGACAGUAGAGCAGGUACAGAUCCAGAGACCGGCCAAGCUGUCGCUGACGCGUGGACAACCCUCCGCUCAGGCCGCGGGAAGCUUCGGCACAUCCACCAGCAGCUUCAGUAGUUUCCGAUCACGGGACAAACCGCCGGUUUCACCCAAACCACCGCUCCCGGGCAAACCUACUAGUCCUGGCCCAAGCACUGCGAAGAAGCUAGGGACCAUGUAGGGGUGUCUGGGUGUACCACAAGUUUGAACCAUACUGUAAGAACUAGGAACACUUCUGUUGUGUUUGUGGAACAGAUUUUUUACCCAUAUCUAUAACACUGUUUUGAAACAAGCUUCAAUCAAACACUUCUGUUACUCAAACACUAUGUACUCAACAGUUAGAUAAGAAUAGGAAUUUGUCCUUAUGUGUUUCUUCAGACUACCCAGCUGGCUGAACUGCCUAAGUAAGAAUUUGAGAGAAUUCUGUGAAGUGUAUUCUAGGCUAAAGACUAAGAGUCAUGUUUCUCAUGUUUUGUUAUUGAUAAUCAUAGCAUAAUUUACUCCUAAGAACAAGAAUCUGUCUUGUUUUGUCAUCAAUCUAACCAGAUAAUGUAUAAAGUAUUGAACAUUGUUAUGUAAGAAAAAAUGACCAUGUUAAUAAUUAACGUUGACAAUGAAAAGUUGUAUAUAACAAUAGGUAAUUAAUAAUAAGUGGGGGAAGGUGUUGCAUUGUACAGUGUACAAUGUCUUGUAAUGUAAUGAUGCAGCAAAUACAUGCAGAAUUGCAUGUACAAAACGUUAACAUGUCAAAUUACAUGUAUGUUGGUAUUGUGGAAAUCUUUUCAGCUUCAUAGGUACUUUUUGCCAAGCAAAGUUGACAGUUUUGCUUCUUAGUUAAGUGAACUUGACUGAAGUUCUGAAUGUUUCUUGUGACUAUCUUUCAAGUCAAUAUUUAGUUUUAUGUUUCAUAGCUAACCAUGGAUGUUUUCUGGUCAAAAACUGAUCAAAAUGUUUGUAAGCAUAAUAGUACACAGUAAUGUACUUAGGUUAUUUUCAAGGAUUACAGUGUCAAUUUGCCACAUUGAAGUUCCAUAUAUUUUUGCUUGGUCAGUGCUCAAUAUAUAGAUAUGUUCGAUAUAGUUAGUGCACAGUUCACACUAUAUUGGAAACGAGUUCUGUGAGUAGGAAUAGGAAAGAACACAGACACACAUGACUGGGCUUUAUAUGGGGGAUGUAGUCUCCAUAACAACAACCUUGUACAGACUUCAGAGCAUCUAUCUAAACCCCAGAAAGAACCUCUUACUAACACUGCUGCUAAUGGCAAAUGCCUUGACUGUUCUACACAAAAAGCUUCUGCUGCCUUUUUAUGGAGAGAUGUUCAGGUCUAGUGUAUCACUGGUCAGUUUGUGCAUAACCUGUCUAGUAUGCCACUCAUACAUUGAUUGAAUCAUAUGUAUUUUGUUGUAACAUUAGACUCCUUGAAAGAAAAAUGUUGACUUCCCUACACAUGUACAUGUAUGUAUGUA